UGAUUCAGCCUGUUCUCCCGAAAUGCAGUGCGAUUGCGGCCUGGGCUGGCAGGGAAGCCGGGCUGGAGUUGUUAUCCGUUGCUAGGAGACGAGGAGCUCUAGCAGGCCGGUGGCAUUCAAGGGGCCAGGAAAGGGACUUUUAUGAAGAGACAUGAGCGAGAUGACGGCAAAGCCGGUGGAUUCCCGGGUGCUGGAGCUGGCGUCCGAACUGACCGAAAGCAGCAGCUGUUCAGUGCCAGUCCUGCUGCUGAAAUUAAAGGAGAUUUUAAAAAGUGCACCCGCUGGAAGCAAAGAACUGCAGAGAAUUAAAGAGGACCUGUAUAACUAUGGCCUCAUCCAAUAUUGCGUGCUGGUUCAGAAACAGGACUACAGUCGGGUGAAAGGAGGCUGGACGACGGCUGCAAGCCUAGCUGAUAUCCUAAGUUCCUGCUGUGUAGGACUGAAUCCCAAGAAUGACGCAGAAGAGUUCCGCUCUAAGAUCCUGCCCUCUGCCAUCCUAAACAUGCUGGUGCUGGGAAGACGGAUUCAGGCGAGAUACGUCCGCUGCGUCAAGGAUGAAGAGAGGACAGGACUGUUCCGUUGUUUCAGGCAGGUGAUGGAUUCGCUAUGCUGGCUGUUUAGCGGGCACGUGCAGCUGACAGAAAAUGUUUUCAGACAGGAACACUUCUUGCAGUUGCUGAUGACAGAUGACGUGGAGACAGGAACCUCUGUGAUGUCGGUUCUACAGAAUAUUUUGAGAGCAAACAGCGUUCUUCCAAGUCAGGUCCCAGAGGACACGUUGCACCCCAUAUUGGAUGAACUUGUUUACAAGCUGUCAGCUUCGUCCAAUCCCGUCAUUGGGAACGCUGCUACCCGUUCGUUACUCCUCAUACUGGAGUCCAGUCCGGAUAUUGUACGAUUGGUGGGCACUCGGUAUAAAGGGCUGCGAUCUCUGCUGAGCAAGCAAUGGACUGGAAAAGGUUUUGGCCGAGAGCUCAGCCGACUCCUGGAUCUGCUUUACUCUACCUCUUACCAGCAGCAGGAGAUGCAGAGACUGCACCGCGCCGCCCUCACCAUUCAGGCUGCGUGGAGGGGAUUCCUGGUGCGGAAGAGGGUGAAGAAGCUGCCGCGGGUGGUGACAUCUCUACAGAGAAGCUUUAGAGCGAAAAGGGAGCAAGAAAUGACUCAAAGACAAAUGGAGAAGCACAUGCAGGAGAUCCAGGAGAGGUCUGCACUGAUCGUUCAGAAACAAUGGAGGGGAUAUAAAGCCAGGAGACACUUUCACCUCGAAAAACAGACCCUGAAACAAUUCAAGGCGGCCGUCACCAUUCAGAGAGCUGCCCUGAGGUUCCUAAAUAGACGGAGACGACUGCGGGAAUCGUUAUCUCCUUGGAAAAAGCAGCAGGAUCUGAGUGAUGAGCAGCGACAGCGGCUCCAGCAGAAAGUGGACACUCAUCUCCAGCUCCACCCGGCCCAGCAGAGGUCCCCAGAACAAAGCCAAGAGCUGCAUGCUGCCGUCCAGGAGAAGCUGGGACAGUUCCUGCUGAAGAGAAAGCACGAGCAGAGAGCGGAGCAACGCAGAGAAGCCCUCCUGGCCCAGAUCAACACUGAUAUUAAUAUGCUGAUGGGGGCCCCCAGCCUAAAAGAAGCCACGGACAAAGAUAUCGACCUUUUCACCAGCAGAUCCAUCCCUGUGGCCCUGAAGGCCAAACAGAGCCACAGCACCAUGCUGAAACGCAGCCGCUGGCCCUGGUGGAAGAAGCUGAGCGAUGAGUUUGUAGAGGAAGAUGACAGCUUUGCAAGCAACAUUCCUGACCUGGACCACGGGAUAAUAUUCAUCGCUGGAAGCAAAAAGCCGUAGCCACCGCACCAACCCUCAGCUUUAACCAUCCCGCCCCAUGACAUCUGUCCGAGAU